GACUUAGCAUGCCUUUAUCUUUGAUGGCUUGGAAGUGUUCCGUAGCUCUCCAAGUGACUCCCUUCAAACACCCCUCCUAUUUGGACACACAGAUUUCAGCAAGAUGCAAGAAAUGUCUCAAGAUGUCGGCCCGAGGGAGAUAUUUAGCAUAUUAAAGCACGCAUUAACCUCCAAAUCUCCACUAAGUGAUGUAUUCAUUCCAAACAGAAAAAAAAUUGAGCCAUCGUACUCUUUCUCACCCGAUACUGGCCCGAGUCAUUGGAAAGGUUCUGUAGAAAUCAAGCUAAUGGUGAGCAAAUCAAAGAACAAGGUUCUGUUUGCUGAAGCAGAUGGAGAUUUCGUUGAUUUUCUAGUCAGCUUCCUCACAACACCUCUUGGAUCUAUUCUGAACCUUAUGAAUGGCAAAUCAUCGUUGGGAAGCAUUGAUAACUUGUACGCGAGUGUGAAGAAGCUCAAUGCAUCAUGGUUCAUAGGGUCAUCAAACAAAUCCUUACUGAAUCCAAGGGUCGCUCCUCAAUUUGGUUGUGGGAGCAAUCCACUAAAUGCUUCACAAGAAUACACUCCUACGUAUUGGUAUGGCACUGUGGUAGUGAAAGAUAACAAUGAGGGGCGUACAAUGAUUUCAGAGAAAAAAGAAAUGUUAGAAUAUCCAGCAAAACUGAAACUUUUUGAGCCAAGAUGUUAUGAUGGAGCAAGAGAAGCUGCUGUGGGAUUUAUGAAGAGGCCGUGUCUAUUUGUUGUGAGCGAUGAUCUGAAAGUGAGGCAAUUGACAACUACUUCUAGCAUUCAGUAUAUGCAAGAGCUGGGGAAUGUCAAGUUUGAUGAUUUGAAGGAACAUAUGGUGGAAAUCAGGAAGUCACAUGAGGCACUGAACCUGUUGAGGGCGUCUUUGACAUCCAAAGAAGUUGGUUUGAAACGGAGCCUAUUUAAGAAGUGGAAAUGCCAAAGAUGCAUUCCAUUUUGGGAUUCCAUUUUGGGGUGUGUUGGGAUGGAAGAAAAUGAGACAUAGAAAAAAGAAAAAAACAAGAGGGAGAAAUUGAGAGGUAGUUAGUGCUAUGACGAAUAAAAAAAAAAAAGAAUAUCCAGCUGAGACAGAAAAGCGAUGAAAGAAAUGGGUAUAUGUUUUUAUGUUUAAGUAAAUUAGAUGGUCAUCUAAUAUUUAAUUAUCUUGUUCUAGUCAUUUGAAUGUUGGAUUGUUGGUCCAUAAGUGUAAAUUGUUGUUAGGGUCUCACAA